UGCAAGCCGGACAGUGUCUAUCUCUGCGAUGGAUCCGAAGAUGAAAAUCAACGUCUGGUGGACUUGAUGGUCGAGCGUGGCAUGCUUGAGAAACUCCCGAAAUACGAAAACUGCUAUCUGGCUACGACGGACCCGCUCGACGUUGCUCGAGUGGAAAGCAAGACCUUUAUUUGCACGCCGAACAAACGUGACACCAUUCCAACACCAAAAGAAGGCGUGAAGGGAUUGCUGGGCAACUGGAUUUCGCCUCGAGACCUGGAGAAGGCAGUUGCCGAACGCUUUCCCGGAUGUAUGAAAGGAAGGACGAUGUACGUGAUCCCGUACAGCAUGGGCCCGGUCGGAUCCCCUCUGGCCAAGAUCGGGAUCGAGCUGACGGACUCGCCGUACGUCGUGUGUUCCAUGAGGAUCAUGACCCGCAUGGGUUCCGCAGUACUCAACCAUUUGCGGUCCAAGGGUCCGAAUGCCGAAUUUGUCAAAUGCCUGCACUCCGUGGGCUGCCCGAUCACCCCGGGCACUGCUGACCUAGCUUGGCCCUGCAACCCGGCCCAAACCAUCGUCACCCACAUUCCGGACAAGUUUGAGAUCAUUUCCUUUGGCAGCGGCUAUGGCGGCAAUUCCCUGUUGGGCAAGAAAUGCUUCGCUCUCCGCAUUGGAUCCACCAUUGCCAAGAAAGAAGGCUGGCUCGCUGAGCACAUGCUGAUUUUGGGGAUCACAGACCCCAACGGGCAAAAGCGGUACAUCGCAGCCGCGUUUCCCAGUGCUUGCGGCAAGACGAACCUGGCCAUGAUGGAACCCACCUUGCCCGGGUACAAGAUCGAAUGCGUGGGCGACGACAUCGCAUGGAUGAAGUUUGAUUCCGAGGGUCGGCUCCGUGCCAUCAACCCUGAGAAUGGGUUCUUCGGGGUCGCUCCGGGCACGUCCGCGUCCACGAACCCGAAUGCCAUGAAGGCCAUCAUGAGCAACACCAUCUUCACGAACGUGGCGAAAACGUCGGACGGCGGUGUUUACUGGGAAGGCAUGGAGGCCGACAUUGCUGACGACGUCGACAUCAUCUCCUGGCGCGGCACUGUCUACGACAAGAAAUCCGGCAUCCCGGCUGCUCAUCCGAAUUCCAGGUUCUGCACACCGGCGAACCAGUGUCCGAUCAUCGACCCGGCAUGGGAGUCUCCCGAAGGAGUGCCAAUCGACGCCAUUUUGUUCGGCGGCCGGCGACCCGAGGGCGUCCCUCUCGUGUACGAGGCGUUCAACUGGCAACACGGCGUGUUCGUCGGCGCCGCCAUGCGAUCCGAGGCCACGGCCGCGGCCGAGUACAAAGGCAAGGUCAUCAUGCAUGACCCCUUUGCCAUGCGCCCGUUUUUCGGCUACAACUUUGGCGAC